UUCUGCUCCACUUUUUUAAAAGGGGAGCACGUUAGCGCUGGAGACCCACAAGAACAGAAACAAGCAAGGAAACUCUGAGAGUCCCAUACAAGAGUCCGAACCAUGAGGUCUCUCCUGCUCGCUCUCUUCCUCCUUCAUGCCGGCCCCCCUGGCGGAGCCAGCGACCUCCCUGAGGACCUGACGUUGCUGAGGACGGAGCUCGCGCUUCGCCUCUACCGGAUCGUGGCCACGGACGGCAACCGAACCAACCUGGUCCUCUCCCCCGCCGGCGCGUUCAUCCCUCUGGAGCUCCUGCAGUUCGGAGCCCAGGGGAACACCCGGAGGCAGCUGGUCCAGGCCCUGGGGUACACCGUCCACGACCCAAGGGUCAGAGAGUGGCUUCGAGCUGUUUAUGCCGCGCUACCCAGCGCCAGCCCCAGCUCCAAGCUGGAGCUGACCUGCACCCUCUACGUGCAAACGGGGAUGCCACUCGCCCCCUGCUUCGUGGAGCAGGUCUCCCGGUGGGCCAACAGCAGCCUGGAGGCAGCCAACCUCAGGGAGCCCAAUGGUACCACCAUCCUGGCCAACGGAUGGGCCCCCAGGCAGACCACAGGCGAGCGCGCCGCGGGCUCCACGUGGGAGCAAGGCGGCGGCGGCGGCGGCGUGGGCUCCGCACAGCUGGUGCUGGUGAGCACCGUGUCCUUCCAGAGCGCCUGGCGGCACCGAUUCUCCUUCUCGGACACUCAGCUCCUGCCUUUCACCUGUGCGCGGGACGUCGUCCUCCAGGUCCCCAUGAUGUACCAAACGGCUGAGGUCAACUACGGCCAGUUCCAGGACCCCGCGGGCCAUCAGGUAGGGGUGCUGGAGCUGCCGUACCUGGGAAGUGCGGCCAGUCUCCUCCUGGUGCUGCCGAGAGACAGAGACACCCCACUGAGCCACAUUGAGCCUCACCUCACAGCCAGCAUUCUCCACAUCUGGACCUCCAGCCUGAAGAGAGCCAGGAUGGACGUGUUCCUGCCCAGGUUUAGGAUCCAAAAUCAUUUCAACUUGAAAAACAUUUUAUAUUCCUGGGGAGUUACCGAUCUCUUCGACCCACUCAAAGCUAACUUGAAAGGAAUUUCAGGCCAAGAUGGCGUUUAUGUUUCUGAAGCAAUCCACAAGGCCAAGAUUGAGGUUUCAGAGGAAGGCACCAAGGCAUCUGCAGCUACAGCUCUGUUGUUACUGAAAAGGUCUCGGAUUCCUAUUUUUAAAGCAGAUCGGCCAUUCAUCUUUUUCCUGAGAGAACCCAACACAGCUUCUAAAUAAAAUGGAGAGUUGAAGUGUAAUAGCAGAGCAGAACAAAGAGAUCCCUGUUGAAACCCCAGUCUGUUGUGAGACUUCUGUAAGUAUGGCAUCAAGCUGCUAAAUGCUAGACAUUUCAGAGUAUGUGGUAUACCCCAGACUUACAUCUCCCUAACU